AUGGAAAGCCAGACUUCAAAUUCGACCACCUCAGAAGCACUGAGGAAGCAGAAGCGCACUCGGAGGCUGCAAUCACUUAGUAAGGAGGCCUACGAGUGUGACGUGUGUGGGCUAGUUUAUCAAUCGCAGAAAGGGCUUGACAAACACAAGAGAUAUAAAGGACACAAUAACGAGCAGCAGACAGUGGCUUUUCAGCGAGAACUUUCAUGUUCACUUUGUGAAGAGCGAGUAAAGGACCACUGGCAGCUAAUCGAUCAUUUCAACGAGGAGCACGCUACUUUGGAGAAGCAGUACAUUGUAGAAACGGCCACAUUCGACGACAGAGCUUCGUUUCAGGAUUGGAAAACCCAGCUCGAAAACGAUUCAGUGACACGGUUUGCUGUGGUCAGUCGCCGGAAAUUUGCAGGUGGCUAUGUUACAUACAUGCGGUGCAGUCGAGCUAGACCAACUCCAGCAUAUGGAGACGUUGCACGCCCGGGUUCUAGGAAAGUUGUCGACAGCUGCACCGCGUUCAUGAAGGUAACUGAGAGCGGAAAUAUUUUGAAAGUGAAAUUUUGCCGUUCCCACUGUGGUCAUGAAGUAGAACCCGCUGUGUUAACGAUAGAUCCCAGUUCAGAGCAAUACAUAGUAUCGCUCUUAAAAGAAGGUUUCAGACCUCAUCAAAUCCUGAAGAAAAUUCGAACAAAAUGUCGCGAUAACGAUCAACAUUUACGUCUGUACUAUACUUCGUAUAGCGACAUAAGGCUCAUUGGUAUUCGCAACAAAGUGGACCCAUGCAGGCGAGAUGCGGUUGACAUAAAAUCCGUAGAAAUGCGUGUUCGAGAGGGAGCUCCCGAUGAUGGUAUAAGAUUGUACACCCCUGCAGUGAACGAAACUGGUGAAGGGUUUUGUCUU